CAUAUAAAUAAACUCGUAGUAGAGCAACAAUUUUGAGAAGACAGAGGAGAUGAUGUCGGCGACGACGACGGCGAGUCACGGGAGAGUGAUGAUGCUUCCCUCACCAUCGAGAGCGUCGCUACAUCAGCGACCGUCGAUCUCAACUGGAUCGGAUAUGUUCCGCGUAAGACGAGCGGAACCGAGGCGGCUCAGGCUAACGGUAGCAACGACGACGGCGACGGCGAAGUACAAGGGGACGAAGAUGAGGGAGGAGAAGCUAUCGGAGAUGAUAGAGGAGAAAGUGAAGGAAGCGACGGAGGUUUGCGAGGCGGACGAGAGAUCGGAGGAGUGUAGAGUGGCGUGGGACGAAGUAGAAGAGGUGAGCCAAGCCAAAGCAGAUCUGAGGAUCAAGCUCGAGCUCCUGAACCAUGAUCCGCUCGAGAGUUUCUGCCAAGAGAAUCCUGAGACCGACGAGUGUCGAAUCUACGAAGACUAAUAAGUAAUAAAAAAAAAAUAAUAAUAAUAAUAAUAAUAAUAGUAUGUUCUGUUACUAGGGGACUGGAAAAAGGGUCUAUUUCAAUAUGAACUUUACGCAUCGUGCCUAUUCUUUCACGAACUUUGUAGUAGUGCGUAUUCCAUAUUGAACUAAACAAAUUUUUUAAAAUACUAUAUGAAAUUUAUGCGUCGUGUUUAU